AUGACAAAAGGUAUCCCAUACCAACAGAAUGAUCAAGGUCAGAAUACACUAGAAACACCAAAACAAGCACGCACGACAACACCCGAGGAAGAAGAUUUUUUAAAUGAUCCAAAUAUUAGACAUAUCCCGAUCAAAAGACCAAAGAACGAUGCACGUAAGAAUCUUCUCAACUCAAUGGAAAAUGCAAAAGGUAACGGUACAAGCAGCAAUGGAAUAAUUCGAAAAUGA